CUUAAUUCAAAUUAUAAAUAACAUUCACAUACACGUUCAGAGAGAGAUAAUGUCAUAAUUCUUCAGCUGGCAAGAGGCAAGUGGUCGGAAAAUCUUUGAGGUUCUUUUUGUAAAAGCUCGUGCCACCACGUGCCAUAAAACCAUUUUAAAGUGCUAUAAACAUGCAGCGCCAGGUUGAGAAUAAUCGAUCGUUCUGCGAGGAAGUAGACGAAGAAAUCAUCCAUGAUCAAACAGUGCUGAACGCUGACCAUAUUGGAACAAACAUUGAACAGCUAAAGCCCGGAGACCACAUUGCUUGGGAAAGAUCGUAUAUAAUAUGGCAUCACGCUAUAGUCGAAAGUUGUUAUAAAGACUUAAAGGUUAUAGAGUUCAGUGAAGAAGAUGGAGUUUUUAAAGUACAUCAUAAAUGCAUCACAAACAUAGCAAGUGAAAAUGACCGCUUGUUUCGAAUUAACUAUCCAAAGCCUGUCAUCGAUGGAAAUCCGCCAGAUGUCGUUCUGGAUAGAGCAAACCAAAUGAUUAAACAACACGAACGUUACAACCUCUUCAGCAACAACUGCGAGCACCUUGCAACGUAUUGCAAGACAGGGAAACGCACUUCAUAUCAGGUCAAAUGGGCUAAGAAAAAGGCUGUCGAAGUUGCAUGUGUAUCUAUGAUCUCAGCUACGUGCGAAGGUGUUAAGGCUGUAGCUGAACAUGGGAUAAGGGCGAGAACCGUAUUUGCGGCAUCUAAAUCAGUCCCAACUAAAGCAGCACCGCAGGUUGGACAAACCCUAGCUAGAAACACAUCAGUCUCUAGAGGUGCUGGCAAAAUCGCUAGUAAAAGCAGCAGACUUUCAAAAAUUGUGGACAAAUUUGGAACUGGCCUUCGGAUAUGCUACGAAGUUUGGUGUGCUGGUAAUGAUAUCUACAAGUACGCUCAGCAAAGGGAUAAGGGGUUCAUUUCUGGGAGUCACGCUAAUCAGUUACUAACAGAGCGGGUAAGUGAAGGCAUCAUUGGUGGCAUAGCAUCCCAUUAUGGAGGCGCACUAGCUCUUAAACAUGGUGCGUUACUGGGAGCAAAAAUUGGAUCGUUAGCGGGUCCCGUAGGAACUGCAGUUGGGGCUGUUGCCGGGUCAGUAGUUGGAGUAUUUGUCGGAUCUUUUGCCAGUACAAGUGUUGGCAAAUGUAUUGGUAAUGUGGUAGGUCGACUUUUGGGCCGUUGGUGUUGGUGGUAGUUGCUGUGAUUGUGUAGAACGAAUAAAAGCACCAACUAAAAUGAUGGUGAACAUAUUUUUUAAUAUUCAACAGAAAGUAGAAGCCCUCGUUCUAGUAAUGUUCUUUUAUUGCAAUGACAGUCAAUGUAAGACCGUUUGGUACCUGAUUGUAGGUACUCACACCCAAAAGGAUACAAGCUUAAGACAGAGUUGCAGUUAGGCUAAAAAUGGUUUGGUUAGGGUUACAUCCAUUUCAAAAACAUAUAGGGUACGUAGGCCCUUUAUUUUUUAUUAGGCUUUAAGAACGUUAUUGGCAUCAUUGAAGAAUGGUUUUAAAGUUCUAUUAUGUAUUAAAACUUUAAAAGUUUUAAGCUGCAUGUUUAAGCACACAGUUUGUUUUACUAAACUGACUAUGAAUACGGUAGGGGCGACGCCCAUCUCGUAAGUAGGGUCGGGUGACCCGUAUCAAAAGUAUUUUAAGGCCUCCGAGAUACCUUUAAACAAAAGAAAACCCUUUAAUGACAGAAGUACAGUUACCCCUAGGCUUUGGAACAAACUAGACAUAAUGAUAAAACACUUAAGAAAGCAUAAAAACGCACUUUUCUAGAGACUUUAAUGAGUUGUUUUAGAUAAAUGAAUUUUGUAAAAUGAACUAAAAGACAUUCAAACCACUGCAUGUAUGUUAAUAAACAGAAACAUGGUUUCAUUGGUUAUUUUCUUGAUAAUACACGAGGGUUGUUCGCGGGGUUCGCGGUUAUUCUGAUAUUUAAAUAAAGAUAAAAAAAAAAGGAUGACAAAUUCCCAUUUUCAUAUUUGCAUAUAAUGAACAACUAGUGUUGAAAAUGUUUGUAAAAAUCAAUGCAAAUUACAUUGGUGGGAGAUAAAUGACGUAUUUCAUCAAACCCUACAUCUAGAAUUUUGGUAUCCAUGACAACACAUAUAUGUGUACUUCACUCGUGUCAAAAUGAUGUAGAUUGCAUUGAACUUAAUUUCUACCAAUUUAAAAUACUAUUUUCUAUCUUUGCUAUUUUCGUUGAGCUGACAGGACAAACCAUCUUUCAUUAUAUGUUUAGUCUUCAAGUAUUACCCAUUAUACUAUAUUUCAUUUCUUUGUGUAUUUAUUAAAAAUGACCACCAGUCAUUGUUCCGUAGUGUUUAUUGUUGUCAAAAUACUAGCUGCUUUGACAUAUCAUUAAAGACAAAUGGUGGUGGUCUGUAACAUAAUUAUAUAAAAAAAGCCUCUCACGAACACAGCGGAGCGAACACCAACGCUUGUCUGUGUGUUUUCAGUCGAUAAUUAUCAUAAAUGUGUUAAAAGCCAAUGUUUAAAUGUUGACAUAACGACGAUAGCACCAGGUAGGUCACGAUGCCUGAUUGUAUAAUUAUUUUCUGAAUGUAAGAUAAUUAUUAUUUUUCAGUUUGUGUGAUAAUCGUUCUUUCCUGUGCUUAUAAUAAUCAUUCAUUUUAUGAAUGCAUGAUCAAUAUUGUAAGAUAAUCAUUCAUUCUCUGUGUGUACGGUAUCAUCUGUUUUCU